CUUACACAAUACCGUCGUACAAUUAUUUACAAUAAGAAAAAAUAAAAAAAAUAGAUUUAAGUCACCAUCUCUAGAAGUCGCAUUUUUUCCUCUCCCAGUUUGGCUCAAAUUGUUUUUUUCCACAGGUGAAAAAAUGCAACGCACUAAAGACUGUCUAACUCGGGAAUCCCAUUUUUGUGGGACUAAAACGGAUGACGACUGAAAGUUGCGUGAAUCAAGUGCAGUUUUAUUCUUGAGGCAAUGUUGUUGACUCAGAUCAAAGUGGUAUGUGUUGUCCUGUGCCUUAUUGGCUUCAGGGAGCCCUGGAAUACCCCAGAUGUUACAGCGGUUCUGCACGGAGGACUGGCACAUCAAGGUUUUAUCAGAUCUGUAAAUGAUGCUAACCUGAUGUUUGAGUUCUUAUGGAGAGGACUGGAGAUUGAUGCUGACAAUAAUGUUGUCAUGCGGGAUCAAGAAAUUGCAUCGAUGAGACAAGGGCGAGCUUUCUUAUCUCUUAUAAAUGACAGUAUCCCAAAGAAGUUCUCUGCAAUGGAGGAGUUACUGGCUAUGCUGGAAGAGCAAGAGAACCCUUUCACUCAGGCCCGUUUUGAGACCCUCCUCCUUGGGACUAUCUAUUCAGCAUACCAGGCACGAAACCAGAAGCUAGAGUCAGAGCAGCAGGCCUGGAUGGAUAUUCUUGGUCGUUUUGCAAAUGUUACUUUCGUUCAGCUACGCAAGUUUUAACUAAUAAUACACAUACUAGUAAUUCACACAUACAGAAAAACAGAUAAAGGGUGUGCAUAUUUGGCUUGCUUUGCGAGGGGAGGGCUCUGAGUUCGGAAUUUGGCCUGAACCCAGAGUACUCACCCAUAUCCUACACUGAGAUAGGAAAAGCUGAGAGUGAGGAGUUGGGGUGGUGAAGGGAUGCUGUAAACUGUUGAGGGACAGAGGUGAGUUGGCUAUGUAUAUAUACGGGCCUCAUCUAGUACCAAUUAGGUUGCACUUUAUUUUACAGUACAUGUACUAACAUGUACUUAUAGUGUACUUACAGUGUAUUUAUCUAAGAAAGUUCUGGUAACACAAGGUAACUACAUGGGGUAGGGUUAAGUUUAGGGGUAGGUUCAGGGUUAGUACCCUUAUUACAUAGUUAUUGUAAUUACUAUAAUAAGUACAUAGUAUGUACAUGAGGAACAGGACUGUAAAAUAAAGUGCUACCACUAAUUAAGUAGAUAACAUGUUUCUCCCAAACUUUGUUAAAUAAACAUCAUUUAAAGUAAAAUCCUGAUUAUUUGUAUAUGGUUUAUAUGACUCGAAGAAUAAUUACACUAAUAAAGACACUUGACAUGAAGUUUUUAAUGUAAAAGUACAAAAGUUUAUUUUGAACAGAAUAUACAUAUUUUAGGCCAUAUAAAAGGUAACGAAACAAGUCAAGUCUAUUUUAUUUUCUGUUGUUCCAGGAUUUAUAUAUUGACAUGAGCCUGAGUAUCUAGUUUUAAGGUUCA